CGUGUAUGAGCUUCAGCGGAGGCCGCGCCCUCUGUUCUGUUCCCGGUCCUCUGGAACAUUUUGUUUAUGAAGCUCAGCUCCUUGUUCCAGCUGCUCCUCUUCAUCACGAAUCUUCCUCUCACUCACAGCAGCUGGAACUGUGUGUUUAUGAAGAUCAGCGGCUCUUCCUCUUUAGGUUCUUGUUCACGGCUGAAACACACCAGACUGUCGGCAGGCUGGCGCUGAACCUCUGGGAACAUCGAGCAGGCAGGCGUAAGGACGUCCAACUAUUAGUUUAGAUUUAAAGUAAUGAAAGUUAAACACGUCCUCCCUUCAUGCUUACUUUCGACAAAACGGAAGCUAUGGAUAUUUGCGACGGGAAGAAGAGGAGAAAGGUAAGCGGCGUUGUGCGGGGCUGCAGGCGGAGUGUGGCCGCCAAUAUGAAGAGGGAGGCCGGCAUGGUCCUUCGCUCCCUCACGGUGGAGAACAACAACCACACGGAGCCAAUGGUGGACGAAGAGGAAGACGACUGCUUCUCAAUCGGCUUCCUGCGGAGUGAGCGACCGCAGCCCGGCACGGUGGUGUCUCCCCGAUACAAUCUCCUGCGGGAGGUCGGCCGGGGCAGCUACGGGGUGGUUUAUGAGGCUGUAUCCCGGAAAACAGGGGCCCGGGUGGCGGUGAAGAGGCUCCACUGCGACGCCCCAGAAAACGUGGAGCUGGCUUUGGCCGAGUUCUGGGCCCUGACCAGCCUGGAGAACCGGCACCAGAAUGUGGUCCAGCUGGACGAGUGCGUCCUGCAGAAGAACGGCCUGGCCCAAAAGAUGAGCCACGGAAACAAGAGGUCCAGACAGUACCUGCGCCUGGUGGAGACGUCCCUCAAAGGGGAACGCAUCCUGGGUUACCCAGAGGAGCCAUGCUAUCUCUGGUUCGUCAUGGAGUUUUGCGAGGGAGGAGACCUCAACCAGUACAUCUUGUCCCGUCGGCCCGACCCCCACACCAACAGGAGCUUUAUGCGGCAGUUGACGAGUGCAGUAGCUUUCUUACACAAGAACAAUAUUGUCCAUCGUGAUUUGAAACCAGAUAACAUUCUCAUCUCUCAGAAAUCUGGUUCCCCUGUUCUCAAAGUUGCAGACUUUGGCCUCAGUAAAGUAUGUGCUGGCCUAAACUCUAAGAACAGUGAAGAACAUCCUUCAUCAGCCACAGCAGCAAGUGGCCGAGGCAGUAACCAGAAUAACAUCAUCAACAUUAACAAGUUCUGGUUGUCGUCAGCUUGUGGCUCAGACUUCUACAUGGCCCCAGAGGUGUGGGAGGGCCACUACACAGCCAAGGCUGAUAUCUUCGCCCUGGGCAUCAUCAUCUGGGCAAUGGUUGAGCGGAUCACUUUCAUUGAUGCAGAGUCCAAGCGUGAACUGUUAGGCACCUACAUACGGCAGGGCACAGAGAUUGUACCUGUUGGGGAGGCCCUGUUGGAGAAUCCCAAGAUGGUUCUCCAUAUCCCUCAGAGGGCCAGGAGCAUCAUGUCUGAAGGUGUGAAAAAACUCCUUCAGGACAUGCUCGCAGUCAACCCUCAGGACAGACCAGAUGCCUUCCAGCUGGAGGUGCGGAUGGACCAAGUCACAUGUGCUACAUGAAUGCCCCCACCUUUCCGAACCUCUCUUUUUUUUUUUUUUUUUUUUUUUUACACCAGUCAACGAGGAAACCUCUCUCCUUCCCAGCUUUGUUUACCCCACGGACAUGGACUCUGAUGGAAAAAGGGACUGACACACGAAACUGUGAACAAUCCACGAUCAUAAUUUAACUUGGAAGUGAUGGAGGAGCUGAUGAUUCCGAAACUCUGGGACAGGAGGAGCAGCAGCUGACACGGAUCCUACUGUGACUGGAACACCCCCUGCCAUGAUUAUAGGUUCUGUACUUUCAACCACGCUUUCUCUAAUGUGGUGAGUGAGAGAUUUUGUAUCUUCACAAUUAUACAAAGCAAAAAUAAUGUUCUUAAUGUGCUGUUUGAUAUAGUUAAUGUGAUACUACAACGGGGCCUAAUGGCUUCUUUGCUUCUAUUCAGGAUUCAUCUCCACAAACAAGCAUCAUGUACUUUAAAGGCAACAUCAAAGUGUCUCGAGUAUUUCAUUCAGUGAAAAGAGACGGGGAAAUUAAUCAUGUUAUUUAGAGGUCUCUGUUUACAGGUUGUUUCUGUUGAAAAUGUUGCCUUUUAACAUGAGACUGAAAAACAGCACAUGUGCAGCUCUCUAUAUUUAUCAAAGUGCUUCAUUAGACCAAGAGUGGUAAUAUUCUUUAAAACUCGUAGACAAUCAAGAGAAUUGUUGAAGGUUCGGCCUGCAGGACACCUGACAAUACAGGGGUCUGGAACACUAAAUCAAAUUCCUGAUAUAACACUGCAAAACAUACACAAUACAAAGUCUGGACUGUUUUGUAAAAAUCUGCAAACUAUUACAUUUAAAAUGUGCAAAUUUCAUUUUAACUUCAAGAAGAGAUUUAAUCAUCAGAAGGUGACGGCAGACAUGACCCCAGGCCAGUAAUCUCAUGUCCACACAUUGUAUGUAAAAUUGGCCUAACUGAAUACUAGAAAGUCUUCAAAACAUAUUUAACUCAGUUCAAUUAUAUAUGUAUAGCACAAAAUCACAACAUUAGCUCAAGGUUUACAUAGUCACAUCGAGACUAUAAAACAUUAUAGAGCACUGACUACUGUGGAAGACACCUCUACAACCAGGCUCAAUGUGGGCGCCCUUCUGCCUUGACCCGUGAAAAAUGGUGGAGAGAGGGGAGGUAUAGUGGAAAUGAGGGGAGAGAAGAGAGAGAGACCUGGCUUUGUCCGACUGGUUUAUUUAAUAAAAUUAGGCAUUAAUCAAGGCAGCAACAGUUAUAAUAAUAAAAUAAUAACAAUAACAAUUAUUGUUCAGAGUAUCAAAGAGAAAGAAAGUGGGAGAGACACGCACACAGAGAGAGAGAGAGAAAACAUAUGACUAACAUCUGAGAAUCUGCCUCACUCGUUUUUUUUGAAUUACUUAAUUAAUGUGGUAGUGAGAAAUUUGAUUUACUUUUAGUUUGGGAAUUAAAAGUUUUUGUCUAUGAAAUCUAGGAAAUAAUCAAUUCAAACUCAGUGAAUACAGUUGUCACUGUUCAUCUGAUCACAUGUUCAACCUCUCUUGCUUUAAACAAACCUUUUAACAACAUAGCAGGCCAAACACAGUUAGGAGUUUUGUGUCUCCAGUGGUCUGGUUGUCCUGUCGGUUGUUGGCAGCUCCACUUUUGAACGGAGCUGUACACAAGCUUCCGGUCUGACCAAAUCCCGACAGGCCGAAAUGAUAGUUCCAGGACAAAGGACUUUAAAGAGAAAUUGGAUUCAUUGAUUUACCUUUGUGUGCAAAGGAGGGAAAGUUGAAGAAAUGCGUAAUGAGCUGUGCAGUGGUGCUGCUAGAACACAGCAGGAGAUCCUCCACAGGAAGGAAGAAGAAUCUCCUGCUGUGUGGUUCAUGUGUGUAAGGAAAACCCAAAGAAAGUCAGGACUCAGAUCAAUGGACAUCCACUGGAGUUCAUGUCUGAACACGGAGUUUGACAGCUGUGAGAUGAUUGGCUCACAGAGGUUGUGAGUGAUAGGUCUGAUUUGAUUUUGUCCAUCACUCUAAAAUAUCUUUGAAAGGGAUCUUUUCAUGGCCGUUACAGACCGCAGGAGUGAUUACAAAUCAGCAAAUCAAUCUUUUUGGAAAGAAAGUAAUUUAGCAUGUAUUAUUUCCUUUGAAGAUCACCAAUAAUAGAAACACUGAAGCACUCAGAACUCAAUUCAACUUAAUUUUCUUUGGGCAUGGCCAAAGAUACACAUUGACAGAAAAUACCAGAUGAAUUGGCAAAGGGGUUAACACCAGACUCAACAACAAACAAACAAGCUUCAGUGAGCUGCUGUCUCAGACUAGGCUGACCCACUUCCUCCAGGGCAACAAGUGGCUGACACACUGAGAUCUGUCAUCUGUUCGUCACAGUGUGUCUGACUGAGAAAUCAGAUGUUCGGUCCUCAGAUCAGCAGCUGCCAUUCAUAGAAACACUCACACUGUCAUUGGAUAUCCGCUGUCCUCUUAUAGAUCGAAGCACUGGGGAUGCUUUUGGUUUGAUGUUUAAAAAGUAAAAAUCAGUAUAAACAACUGCAAACUCAGUAAGAAAAUGUUUUUUAUUGAGGUUUCUGGUUUAUCACAAAAACUGCUAAAUGAGGUAAAGUUGCACCAAUGAAAUAUUAAGUUAACAGCUGAAAAAUGACCUAUUAGCAUUUUAUAUCCUGUUGGUUCACACUUAACCCAGGAAUAAUAAUAAUAAUAGAUCAGUCCAAAAGACCUCUUCAAGUCUUUGUGUUAAGACAUGUAUAUUUUGGGAAAAAGUUGUCUCAACCUGGACAGGUCAGAAAAAUCCAGCGCUCUCUCUCAAUUUGUUUGAUUACAAACCUGUCCAAAACUGAAAUCUGAAUAAUUGAGAGGGUAUGUCUUGGAGAGAGGAUUUUGGAUAUUUACACUUCAUAAAUCAGAGAAUAGGCUCCUGUAUAUUAAUUGAAUAAAGACACAAAUAGAUGAAGUGAAUUGUGAAUAAUAUAUAUAUAUAUAUAUAUAUAUAUAUAUAUAUAUAUAUCUGUCUAACCAAUAUAUAUAUAUAAUAGAUGUGCAUUUUGGACAUUUUAUCCCAUUAAUUUUAAAACAGACAUCAUAUAAAAGCAAAUAGACCCAGAUCUCAAAACUGAGCAGAUUUAUUAUUUAAUGAAUUAUAUGUGUAAUAUGUGUCUAAAGAUCCUCUAAACUACUGUAAAUCUAAGCUUUCUCUAUAUGAAUCCUCACACAGUUAUACUACUCUAUUUUACCGAGAUCCUCAUGGGGUGUAUUGGGUCAUCCACCAACCCGAGGGUUGAUCCCCAGCUCCUCCAAGCCACAAAGUGUGUGUCCUCAGGCACUGAAACCUGAUGACGGUGCUGGAAGUGUUCGGACAUUUGGAGCCGACCUGGGAAGUUACUUUGAGAAUCUUUGCGUUCAUCCAAUUAAAAAAAGGCUGGUGGAAAAGACCCUGUUUUAAAGGACUUGUUGCUGUGACGACAGUAUUCUAUAAACUUUUGAAGAACUGAUAAUGUCAGGUUCGAAUCAAAUCAUAAACAAUAAUAUCAAUUUACAUGUCCAGGUAUAGAGAAAAAGACGCAACAAAACAAAUUGUAUGAAAAAUAAGUACAUUUUUGUCAUUUUCAUCCGAAUAUGUGAUCUGAGUUUGACCAAAUAUUUCCCAAAGUAUUUUUCAAAGUGAUAUAUUGUUAAACCAUAUUUGUGUAAAACGUCUCUGAGCUAGAAAGUACAAGAUCACAACGUCAUUGACGUGUCAACAUACAUCCCCAGCAGUUCAGCUCAUGAUCCAGGUCACUGCAUUAUUUCUCACCCACUCUUCACUUCCUGACCUGUCUCUGUGUAACCAACACUCAGGCUGGAAGUGUGCACAGGUAUACAAAGAUGUGUCUAAUCCUAAUCCACAGGCCUUUAAUCUGCUUUGAGAACAAACUGUGGACGCACUCUGCCUAAACAUAGCCCCACCUGGCCCAACCUGGCCAGGAUGAUGCUCCUCGAUAAUCUUUCCGUUGAGGAUGACACAGCAGGAAAAGGAGUCGGAUUACACAGCACUCCGAGCUCACGUGAUUUGCUAGCAUGCAUGCUUUUUUUUCUUUGUAUUUUCAUCAUGAUGUCCUUUCUUUUCCAUUAUGUUUUCCUUCUGUUUCUUUUCACAACACAAUUAUGCAUUCCAUUGUAAGUUUGACUUCAUUUAUCCAAUUUGUCCUUCAAGGUCCUGCACACAAUCCAUUGUUGUCCACAUUAUCACCACCACCAAUUCACCAACUCCACAUCUGCACAUGAUACAAAUUCAUAUACAUAUAGGACUACUGGACUACUGAGAGGCGGUGGACUAGUGGCAGAAUAAUUUGACUAUGGGCAGAAAGUUACGGACAUCGGACUGGAAGGUCGCUGGUUCAACUUCUCAUGGUGACAAUACAACAUACCUGCCAGGACAACACCUGGAUCUGUUCCAAAGUCCAAAGAGCACUCUCCCUACCCCCACUCUCUAAGUGCCCCUGAGCAAGGCACCUUACUCCCCCAACAUCUGCUCCUCGGGCGCUGUGCAUGGCUGCCCACUGCUCUGUGUGUCCUGUGAUGUUCACCAGAUGGGACA